GAAAAACUAAUGUUGAUGAAAUUAUUGAUGCUAUUGUAAUUUAUCGGCAACAGUUUGUUUCUAAUAAUCCUUUUGACAAUUUUGACGCUCCUCGAAUAGUAUUCUUUAACAAGAAAAAACCGUUAGGCCAAGCAAUUGAUAAUGAAGAAACAUCAUCAGCUUAUGAUACUGGUUAUGUUUCUGAAUCUUUGCCUACUCCAGAAAUUUCAGAGAACGAACAAGUUAUGUAUCAGUCAGAUGAAGAUUCAGAAAGCGAUGAUAAUAAUAUACCAACAGAUUCAGAAGAUAUUCAUGAACCUUUAUAUGAGAUGCAACGAGACACUGUAGAAAAUAUAAGAAAUAUAGAUGAUAUAGAUUAUUCUCAAAAGCAAUAUCAUAUUUCACAGGAUUCAUCUGAAUUAAGUUCUGAGCACGAAGGUAGUGAUAGUGAUGAAUCUCAAGCUCAAGAUGGAGGCGCUAUGAUACAGGAUGAGCAAAUGUAUGUAGAUGGUGAAUCUCCUUUUUCACCAUUACAUAUUGGAUCACCCUCUUCCCAACAUGGUGAAGAGACUCCAGAGUCACAAAGCACUCAAACCAAUACCACUGGAUUUAGUGUUAUGGGCGCUAUAUAUAACUGGUUUAGAUAA